AUGGACACACCACCCCGAGCUUUCGCAGAUGAUGACGACGUAGGAGGGUACGGUAAGACGCCUGAGCCCCGAAGGCAGCGUUUGGAGAACCUGGAACGGAAGGUCGAGUUGUUGUGUCGAGAAAAGGGGUCUUUAGUGAGGAAGCUAGACGCCGAUACGAAACGCUUCGAUUCGACGCUCAAGGCGAAGAUGACCGAGUCAGAGGAGAUGCGGGCGUCCUUGAGCAAGUCGCAGAGGGAUCUGGAGAGGUGUAAGGCGGAAGGAGAGGGGAUGCGGGAGGAGCUGGACAUGUACGCCGUUGUCGCUCAGCAGAAGGCGUUACUCGCUCUAUCGCAGGAACAGCUGCAGGUGGUUGAGCUGGAGCAUCGGUUGGUCCUGGCGGAACAACAACGAGUGAUGCGCGACCACAAGAUCGCUCUCUUCCAUGCAAGGGAGGCCGAACUUCUCUCGGAGCUGGAAGAGCGGGAUGAGCGUAUUGUGGAGCUCGAGGCAUCCCUCAGCCACGCCAGGACCUCUGCAAAGGCACAUAUUGCCUCUUCUGCCAAGUCCGCAUCAUCUGAUCUCGCUCGAGCGCUCGACGACAACGCCAAGCUCUCAGCAAGGGUUGACGAGCUCCAAGGCACUGCGGCCUCGCUCAAGGCCAAGGAGAAGGAGCUGGCCAAGGCGGUGACGGAGAAGGAGAAGCUGCUUGGGCAGGUGCAGAAGCUAGAGGCGAGCGUGGAGGUCUGGAAAGGGAAGGAGAAGGAGGUCCGCGCUCAGCUGGACGAGCGGAUGACGGAAGAAGAGAGCAGGGAUGGUAGCUCUGACAAGGAGAUCCGCGCCCUCAAGGCUCAGCUUAGAGCUGCCAAGACCGACCUGGACGCCAAAGAGGGGGAAUGCGUUGAUCUGCAAGAGGAGAUGGCGACGCUCAAGGAGAAGAGCAAGGAGAGGGAGCGCGAGCUCAAGAUGAAGCUCAAAGAAGCGGCGGCUGCGUCUGAGCAGGUGACGUCCUUGCAGGAGGAGGUGGACGCUCUUAAACUCUCGCAGAAGAAGGCGUCAGCGGAUGCUCACCGAGCAAAGGUGGCUCUGAUGGAGGCGAGCGCUAGCGUGGGACCUGAAGAGCGGAAAAAGACUGCUAGUCCCGUCAGAGCUGCUAAGGUUGUCAAGGAGAAGAUUAGAAAGGCAGCCACGGCUGAGCCGGAGUCAGAAGCGGAGACGAUUCCGAAGAAGACGAAGCGGACUCAUGGUUCGCCGACCGCAAAGUUAACCAAGAAAGCCAGCAAGUCGGCCCCGGCGUCAGAGGACGAAGCCGAAAGCCUUCCUGCUGCCUCUCCGAAGAUCCGCAAAGCACCUCGUCCAUCCAAGGUCGUCAUCCCCAAAUCCCUCCCUCUAGGCGAAUCCAGCAUCCUCAACAGGUUCGCCAAGCCCGCUGUCCCUGUGAUCAAGCGCAAAUCUAUCGUCUCCGACAAGGCGCCAAAGAUCACCGUUACACCGGCAGACGAGGACGUCGAGCCCGAUGCGGAUGAGUCCGCCGGGGACAAGUCAAUAGGGCCAGAGAAGAAGAAGAAGCGGAAGCUGUUGGUGAAUAAGCCGGCGUUCAAGUGGGAUCCGAUCCUCGAGAGCGGGAGUGGUGUGAUCCCAUCGACCUUCUCACCGAUGAAGCCCCCCGGAGCGAUUGGGUCUAUUCCGCGGGUGGCGUUCCCGACCUCAUCCUCGUCCCGAUCGCUCAGCCGGAUCUAA